UCCGCCCAAAUGGGCACCGUAUGUCUGUGCUUGAGGUUUAAGCGUGUUUUCUAAACCUUGGUCUAGAAAGGCAAGUACAUUACAGUAGCCGAAGCAAGAUAACGUGAGGACAUCAUCACUAAGAGAACUCCUAAGUAAGACUGAUUCCAUCCCACAACUGAACUUAGCUUUCUCCCUGAAAUGCUGUUCCAAGUGAGUGGGCUUGUGUGUCCUCUCAAGAAUAUUUUGACUUGGUCUGGAUUGAGAACUUGGAAGAGCCUGAAAUGCAGCAGGAAGAUGACAUAAUUCAGGACACUCCUGUUGAUGAGGGACAACUGAUUCCAUACACGUGUCAUUCCCUCACCAAAUGCAACAGUGCAACAGCAUCCCUUUGGGAUUAUCAGAGCUGCUCUCAGCCCCUCACACUGUCACCAGAGGCUCAGCCAGACAGUGCCUCAGAAGACAGUUUGUUUCAAACCCAGCAUGAAACAUUGCCAGUGAGAACUGUUGGAAGAUGGCAACCACCAAAACGAUGCCUGCACCCGACUGAGAAUGAGUGGUCCCACAGUUUGGACACAGCUUGGACACAGCUUGGUGCAGUAAAACUGAAGAGAAAAUAUCAGCUCAACCCAGAGAAGUCAAAGAAGUUAAAAUGGAAAGGGCCAGCUUUCCCAUUUAUCGAGAAGUUUUAUAAAAGGAAACAUCUAACACGGAAAAAGUCAUUAACCUGGGAGUAUGGAGCUGUUGCAGGGUAUUUCCUGUAUAUGGAGAAAGUAAAACGUAAGUCAGUGUCUGCAGGCUUACAGUCGGUCCCUGUGUUACUAAAAGAACGCUAUGUAGACGACAAAGAAGACCUCAUUCCGUUACCAGAGCCAACACAAGCUGAGCAGUUGCACAUUGAAGACCAUAACAACACCGAAGUAGUGGAUCACCAGUACUUUAUUCCUCAAUUUAAAGGGAAACUCAAGGCACGCAGUACAUGGUGUACCAGGAGUUCUUCAGAUUGUUCAGAUCAUUCUGAAUUGGAUUUGAUAUCAGACUAUGGCCAAAAAUCAAGACAUUCAAAAAACGUUCAGUCCAGAUACAGGACCAAGAAGACAUAUAAACUGCAUAAAGACACAUGCAUUAUGGAUGACGUUAACACCGGCAUCACCCAUGUGGAAGAGCAUCGAUACUUUGACCAUAGGGAUGCUGAUUCUGCUGAACAGAUAAGGGACACUGAAAGUAGAAGCACCACAAGUCACAGUAAAUGUAUGUACAAAGUAAGAAAGAGAAUGCUUUCAGACCCACUACCAGAUUCUCCUUCUGUAGAAAUAUUAGAUGAUACUGAGGUUUUGGCUCUCACGAUGGGAGAGUUGAGCAGUGUGGCCAGAGAGCAAACAAAGCAAGGCAGUUCUGCAACAUAUUGUGCAGCUGAGUCAAUUGAAAAUAAGAUUUCAAAUGCAGAUCGAGUAGAGAUCUGCCACAAGGAGGGGGACCUGGCUGUGACAGAAUAUGAGACUCCCCAUAGGGGACUGGCUCUUGCUAGAACAGAUGUGAUUCGAUCAAAGAGAAAAGAGCAAAACAUGGAGAAGGACUUGAAAGAAAGAAUUUUAGAAAAUAAAGAAGAAAAAGCAAAAAGAAAAAAAAGACAAAAAGAAGCAGUGAUAGAAAAGCAAAUUGACAGUGAAAAUAAUGUGACAUCUCUGGUGUUCAGUAAUGGUGGGGGAAAAAAACUGAAGACCAAUAAAGAAAGAUACAGCAUUAAAGUUUGUAAGUCUGAGACUGAGGGGCUUAAGAAGAAGAUACCAGACAUUGUUGAAAUACUCCUCAGCGAGAAAAACCACAUGGGGGGAGAAUGUUUCUCAGCUCAAAGUAUGGCAGUCAUACAGUCACAGGUGAUGCAAAAUGAGCCAAAAGGAAAAAAUCAAGACCUGUGGAAAAAGAGCAAACAUAAAGAUUGCCACAAGAGAAAAACAAAUAUGAUCAGCGACAAUGCAUGUAUGGCAGAGAAUGAGAUGUCAGCAUUGCUUAAUAAUAAAAGGUCCGGGGAGACUGAAGUAAUUAUAGAUCUGCAAGACACUGUAGUUCUGAAAGAAAAAAACACAGAAAUGCUGGAUGGUGCCACUGGUGAAGAGGGGAUAGCAAUGGCAGGAAUGAUCCUCUGUGAACAAACUGACAUCAAUCAAGAGGUAGCUGAAGAUGUCUUCCAAUCAGAGGAGUCUCAAGCUGAAAUCAAGUGCAGGAAAAGGAAAAAAACAGAGAAAAACAGAAAGAAGAAACAAAUGAAAGGUUUGACUGAGGGCGAUGCAGUUAGUCUUAAGCAAGAAGUGCCUAUGCUGCUGAAUGAAGAACUUGAAAAGGAUGAUGAGGAAAUGGAAGCAGUAAACUGGGAAGCCAGCAUGACAGAUGUGAGAGGAACUAAUAGACAUGUAUCUGAACCACCUUUUCCCUUCAGCAGUCAUAACCAGAACGAAAAGGAUAAGAACAUCUGUACAACAUUUAAAAGCCAGGUGUCUACUACCAGCUCAUGUCUUUUGGAGUCUACGGAUAUCGCUGUUCCUGGUGUGGCUGACUAUGACAUGAGGGCAAAGAAAAGAAAGAAAGACAAGAAAGACAGAAAACAAAAAGGAAAUGAGCACUCAUGUAUUCCUAUUUCCAGUGUGAUUUUUCCUGAUGUUAACCCAGCUGACUCUGGUUACAUCAAGAGAAGAGAGCAGAUUGAGAUGUCUGGGGAGAUGACCCUAUCCCAAUGCAGUGAAGUGGUACCUUGGAAACAGAGGAAUAAAAAGCACAUUGUGGACGAUGCAGCACAGACUGGAACAAAUGAGUUAUAUGUUUCAGCAGGACAUUAUAGCAGGGAGCCUCUUCCUGCUUGGGAAAUUGAAGGUAAUGAACAGGCAUGUCUUUCUGUUGAAGGAACACAUGUCAGGCAUAGAUUUGAUGUAGAAAGCAGUGUGAAUAGCAUUCAGGAUGAGGACAAGGAACACAACCAUUCAAAGAAAAGGCAGGAAAAUAAGAUGGUGCUUGAUGUUAGAUCUAAUGGAGUCUCCAACGAGGAAGAUGUCUCAUUUCUAGAACCUCAAAUGACUCUGUACAGUGUGGUGGCUUCCUGUGAUUUGCAACGUGUUGAGUUGUCAGGGGACGAGACUGGCAAAGCACAAAGCAAAAAGAGGAAGGUGUCAGUGGACCCAUGUCCAUUGUCAGAAGAAACUGUGAUCAAAGAAUCACCACGAAUGGGAUCAAGUUGUAACUUUUACAGUGAAACAAAUCUUCAAAAACUCAUUCCUGGUUCAUUUCCCAUGCAAGAAGAUACUGAGGUCCAGUGUGGUAGAAAUGAAGCCAGUUGCUCUUCUACAGAAGAAAGUGGUUUUGGGGCUUGCAUAUCUACAGUAAAACAAAGCAUCCCAAAACAAAAGCUUUUAAGUUUACGUGCCAGAAGAUUUAAAAAAUGGCAGCUAGCUGAUAGCAGUUCUUUACAUGCCCGAUAUAGGAAUUAUAUACUCAUGAAAAAGAGAAGGCCAAAAUCUGACUGUUCAACAUAAUCAGGUUCUACAUGUCAUGCAGAGGGACACACCUAAAGUGCUGUGAUACACAACUCUAAAGGCGUGUCAGAGACAUGCACAAAAAUUAUGAUUUUUAUUCAUGAAAUAUUCUCUUCACUGUUGUCUAGUGGACAUGUGAUGUAAAUACGUAUUCACCCUCAACAUGGCAUGAUUACGUAUACUGUAUUGAAGUGGACGUUUUCAGGAUUUGGUAACAUUUUUUUACUUGAUGUACCUGAAGUAUUUUUGUAAAAUAGUAAAUUCAAAGGAGUACUUCAGGAAAAAGUCAUGAUUUUCAAAAAGGACAUCCAUCUGUAUGAAGCAUGUGCUCAAGCUGUGUCUUUGAACUUUUUUGUACAUCUGUUUUUUUUUUUCUUUUUGUUUUUUUUUAAAAACAGGAUUAUUUAUAUUUUUAUCCAC